AUGCGGUCUCUUCUUUCGCUUUGUCUGCUGUUCCUGGCUGCUGCCGUGCACGCCGUCAGCGUGUCCGGCGGCCGGCUGCUUGCGAUCCUCGACGAUGUUGCUGAGAAGGAGGGCUACUCCAAGUUCUUGGGAGAUCUGGAGAGCCGCGGAUACAGCAUCACAUACGAGUCGCCCAAGAGCGAGUCUCUGCACCUGUUCAAGCACGGCGAGCGGGUUUACGACCAUGUUCUGCUCUUCCCCUCCAAGAUCAAGGGCCUCGGUCCCAACCUGACCCCCAGCAUCCUCGUCCAGUUCAUCAACGCCGACGGCAACAUCCUCCUCACCCUCUCCUCCGAGGCCACCAUCCCCACCUCCAUCGUCAGCCUCCUGGCCGAGCUCGACAUCGCCGUCCCCGCCGACCGCACCGGCCUCGUCGUCGACCACUUCAACUACGACGCCCUCAGCGCCACCGAGAAGCACGACGUCCUCGCCCUCCCUGCGCCCACCCAGCUCCGCGCCGGCCUCAAGAGCUACUUCUCCCAAGCCGGCGAGGUCAUCGCCUUCCCCCGGGGCGUCGGCCACGUCCUCGGCGGCGGACAGCUCCUCACCCCGAUCCUGCGCGCCCCCAAGACCGCCUACAUCUACAACCCCAAGGAGCAGGCCGACGUCGUCGACCCCGCGGACCUGUUCGCCGCCGGCGAGCAGCUCGCCCUCGUCUCGGCCUUUCAGGCCCGCAACAGCGCCCGCUUCACCGUUGUCGGUUCCGCCGAGCUGUUGAGCGACAAGUGGUUCGACGCCAAGGUCAAGCGCGCCGGUGACGCGAACGAGGUCAAGACCUGGAACCGCGAGUUCGGCAAGAGGGUUGCGGGAUGGACUUUCAAGGAGCUCGGCGUCCUCCGGGUCAACGAGAUCGAGCACCACCUCAACGAGGCCGCCAACGAGACGAACCCCGAGAUCUACCGGGUCAAGAACGAGGUGACCUACUCCAUCUCUCUGUCCGAGUACUCCUGGGACAAGUGGACCCCCUUCACCGUCCCCUCCGACGACGACCUCCAGCUCGAGUUCAGCAUGCUCUCGCCCUUUCACCGCCUCAAGCUCUCCCCCAAGGCCAGCACCGCCGACGAGUCCACCUACGCCGUCUCCUUCGUCCUGCCCGACCAGCACGGCAUCUUCAACUUCAAGGUCAACUACAAGCGCCCCUUCCUCACCAACCUCGAGGAGAAGAACACCGUCUCGGUCCGCCACAUGGCCCACGACGAGUGGCCCCGCUCCUACGUCAUCUCCGGCGCCUGGCCCUGGCUGACCGGCAUCGCCGCCACCGUCACCGGCUUCGUCCUGUUCUCCGCCGUGUGGAUGUACAGCGCGCCCACGCCCGCCGCGGGACAGACCAAGAAGACGCAGCAUGUCGCCAAAUUUGGGAACAGUGUUGGUCUGAAGAAGGUCACGCGAAAGGAUAUUGACUCCGUCGAUAUCCCAAAGGCCUGUGAGACGAUCAUGAACCCUGGUCCACCACUGGCUCUGCGCCUGUCGAGUGAGAUGCUUUGCGGAGUCGUUCGCGUCUUCCGCCGGAAAUGCCUGUACACCAUGAACGAUGCCGAAAAGGUCCGACACACCAUGAAAACCAUCAUCGUCAUUUGGGGCCAGACGGGACUUGACCCUAAGGCUGGAAAGACUAGCCGCGAGAAGAUCACUUUGCCUGACGAUCCCGCCUUCAACAUUUCGGACAAAAUCCCCCAGUUCUCGCUCGACAGCGGUGAGCUGCUCUUUCCUAGCCAAGAGAAGGUUCUUGCUGGGUCAGGUGACAAGUCUCAAUCCCAGCUCAGUCCUUUUUCAAGCCCUAUUGGUUUCGACUUCGGUGCUCACAACGAUAUCCAACUCGACUUUUCACAAUCCUCGAACGGCGACUUCCAAAUAGCCUCGCCCUUCAUGCGCAGAUCCCCAGCCGACACCUUCCUUCCGAAGGGGCGCGAGAACAUCGAUAUGGGUGCUGGUGAUAUCAACCCCGAAAUCGUCGACGAAGACGACUACAUGGGCGCUUUCAUGGAGGUUGAUCCUAAUGGAGGCUUGAUCGAUGAUGAUGACGACCUGGACUUGCCUAUUCUCCCCGAAAUGGAGGUUGAGUAUGACGUGUCAAUCCAGGAUCAACAGCACGACCUUCCCUAUCAAGAUCAAGGUCAAGGCCAGGAUCAAGAUCAGGAUCAGGAUCAGAUUCUUCCCGACGCUGAUGCAGACAUGCCGUUGAUAGGAAGUGACCCUCCCGUCGCUCAUCAGGAGUUUCAAGUUCCGGCAUCCCCCGACCAAGGCAGGAGUGACGAGGUUGUCGCACCCGCUGCCAAGCGUCGACGCGUUGCUCUCAAGAUGGACGAUGAGACAGUUCUCUCUCGCAAUGUCCUCAAAGGCUGGCAGGACAAUUACCUCCAGAGUGCUGAGGAUGCUCGACUGAAGAAACUGCGCAAACAACCCACCACGACCGAGGCCGCAAACUUUGCCCGCCACUUGGUCUUGGGACGCGGACUCUUCAACGUGAGUGACUUCAGAGAUAGCCCUCGAAUCACGUUCCCGCUCGUUCAAGAUUUUGCCGGAGAUGGCCUCCGCGACAAAAUUCUGGGAUCUCUCGAGGACUGGGAACAAGGUUCCGAGGCAUCGUCUCACAAAGGACGACGCAGAGCCGCAGCAGAGGCUUUCGGUGAUGAAGAAGACCCGCGCAACGUGCGACCCAGGCUCGAAGAGACCCCGCAGCAAGGCCGCUCUCAGGACGACAUACCCGAGUUCAACGUCAUGUACAGCGAUGAGACCAUCCCUGAGAUGGGUAUGGAGGGCCCGCAGCCCAUGGCUGAGCACAUGUCAUCGUCUCUCAUGCCCUGGAACCAGACUCCAUCCGUCGGAAGAGGCUCAGUCGGCCCAGGCCCAGGCCCUAGUCUGCAGCAAUCAGGUCGCCAGUUGAGCGUGCGUGGAAGCAGUGUUCGCAGCAACAGCCUUCCGCCUUUCGAGCCGCUUCAAGAUGCCCACAGCAGCGACGACGUUGGCUUCCAAGGCUACGACGAAGCGCAACCCGCAGGCCUGCUUGACGGCAUCGAACAACAGAACCAGGAUGACGCACAGUGGUCGCGGUCGAUAAUGGACACCGCAAGCCAAGACUUCUUGAACUGGACCGAGGAGCACAUCAAGAACACAGGCUUCGCAAAGAUGGGAGAUCCGAACGAGAACAGACGCUGGGUUAAGUUCGAAGACCUCUGCGAGCCCGGACAAAGAGACCACACCAUCGCUGCUCAGGCCUUCUACCAUAUUCUCUCCCUCGCCACAAAGAACGUCAUCUCGGUCGAACAGGACGUCGAGGACCUGCAGCCUUUCGGAGCGAUUCGAGUCGGAGUCGACAUGGCAGCGCAUCUUGACGACAUGAACUGA